GCCCGGGCGGCGGCAGCAGCGCAGCCCCAUGUCCAGAGGAGGGGAGAUGGUUUACAUCCCGGAUGACUCCGACUUCAGCUCCUUCAGGGAUCAGUGCGAGAGCCUGGAGGGCUGGCACUGUCGGUACAACAAGGCUGGCGUCACCGUGUGGAGUCAGGGCCAGGAGGAAAGCUGCACCGUGCAGAAAAUCAAGACCCGCAUCUCCUGCAAGGAUGUCCCCGCCGAGACCCUCUAUGACGUGCUGCACGACACCCGCUACCGCAAGAAAUGGGACUCCAACAUGAUCGAGACCUACGACAUCGGCCGCCUCACCGUCAACGCGGACGUGGGAUACUACUCCUGGAAGUGCCCGAGCCCCCUGAAGAACCGCGAUUUCGUCACGCUGCGCUCCUGGCUGCCGCUGGGCAAUGAUUACAUGAUCAUCAAUUACAGCGUCAAGCACCCGAAAUACCCGCCCCGGAAGGAUUUCGUGAGAGCCGUGUCCCUGCAGACCGGUUACCUGAUCAAGGCCAACGGGGACGGUGCCUGCAUCCUCUAUUACCUCACCCAGGUGGACCCUCGCGGGUCGCUGCCAAAGUGGGUGGUGAACCGCGUGUCCCAGUUCGUGGCACCGAAGGCGAUGAAGAAGAUUUACAAAGCCGGGCUCAAGUACCCGGAGUGGAAGCGCCGGCACGACCCCGAGUACAAGCCCUGGGUGUAUCCCGAGCAGAACACGCUGCCCAGCGUCAGCCUGGCCGAGCUGUCCGUGCAGCACGCCGAUUCCCUGGAGAACAUCGACGAGACCGGGCUGCCCGAGGAGCACCUGAGCACCAGCGACCACGAGGCCUGAGCCCUCUGCUCGGGGGAAUCCUCUCAUCACCCAGGCUCGGCAGCCAGGGGGCACGGCUGGGAAUUUGGCUCCCUGCUUCCCAACAGUCACAUCUGCUCUCCAACUCCUUCAUCACUGACCUCCCUCCCUAGCCAGGCAGCGGGGAUCUGCAUCACAGGGGCUGCAGAGAGGGAGGAUGGGCACUCCCUGUGCCCCUGGAGGUGUCCCUGCAGGAGACAGUGCUGGCAGUGGGUGUUCUGUGAGAGGCUGAGGCGGGCACGAGCUUUCCUGGCGCCAGGAUGUGGCUCUGCCACUGUAAAACCCUCAAAAGCCCAGAGCUGGGGGGGGUCUGGGGGGGUCCUGCCCAGGUUUUUUCAGCAGCACGAGGUUUGGGUUGACCCCAUCUGGCCUGAGGUGCAGCUCUGCCAAGCCCGAGGUCAGGCUGGACCCACUCCAGCCCUCCACACCCCUCCAAGCUUAGUGAGACCCCCCAUCUCAGGGAGCCCUGCCAGGCCCUCUCCUGGGCACCAGGCUCACCUCUGCAGGCUGGCUCUAGCCCAGCUGGCUCUGGGGACCCCUUCCCCGCGGGGUUUGUGGGGUUUGUCCUGGCACUGGGGUCUUGGGCCGCCCGUGUCCCCACUCUCCCCGUGUCUGCCGCUGCCGUGGUUCCUGGCACAACAAUAAAGGGGUUGGUGUGUGUGCGAGAGCUCGGCAGGCUGGCACAGGGUGGGGAGGGGCUGACUGGGACAGGAGGGUCCGUCCAUGCA